UACAAGGGAGUAUACAGAAAUGUCAGUCUUCAGACAGUGGACUACUCAGCUCUACUCCAGGAUGAGGAUAACCUUGACCCUUCACCUUCUGAACCUCUGGAAAUCGUCCUCCCCAGGGACCAAGAUGGUUAUACCAAGAGUUUAGAGUGCACAUUCAAGCAUGAUGAAGAUAGAGAUAACAGUACAUUUGGUGACAUUGAACUUCGCUGGGAAACACAAGGGGAGAGAAGUGAUGUCAUCACUCACGUUAAACAGUUUAAUGUUAUCUGGUCCAACACAGAGGAGAGACAGGUCCAGACAAGAGUGGUCACCCCUGAUGCCAGGAAAACUCUGAUCCCUGUCACAAGGUUGAAGGCCUCCUAUGACAUCCAGGUGGAGCCGGACUACUUUACAGACGCCCUGCACCAGGUGAACCAGAAAAUCCAGCUGGUUAUCCCCGGUCCUCCAGAUCCACCGGAAAUCUUCCUAAAGUCUGUCAGCCCAGAGGAGUUCGUCAUAGAAUGGGGUGAACCUAGGCUGUUUGGAGGGGUCAAAGUUCGGGGUUACCAGGUAUAUUUGAAUGACAAGAAAGUUGGAAAUGAACUCAGUAAUUCUCACCGCAAGGCUGUCAUACCAUGCCGCCCAAAUAAGAACUACAAAGUCCAGCUGGUGGCCUUGAGUGACAAUUCUUUCUACAGUGACUCCUCCCUGUCAAACACCCUACUGGUCAGCACCUCACCCCACUCCCCCCGCCUCCUGUCCAGCGAGGAUACGGUCCGCGAGGACCAGGACAUGAUUCCGGUCAAGGUCACUACUGUCACGGAAACCUCCAUACAGCUGGACUGGUCCAACUUCAUAGAAACAGAGGGGGUGGCAGGAUAUAAAAUUCAAUGGAGCAGUGUGGCGCAACCAGCACAAAGAGAGGUCAAGCUAUCAGAUAAGGACAGUAGCUGUGUCAUUAACAACUGUCUGCCCGGGACCACCCACUUUGUCCGACUGAUCGCCGUCGACGCUGACGGACAGAUUCUGGAGAAGUCCAGACAACUGACCAUUCAGACUUCGGCGCCACCAGACGCCCCCAUCCUCUCUGUCAGAGCUUGCAACUUCCGGUAUAUAGCAGUGCAGUGGGAGAAACCCAACACAUAUGGAGAUGCUUUAGUAACAGGCUACAAAGUGUAUGUAAAUGGCAUUGUGGAGGCCAUAUUGAAUGCAGAACAGAUGAGCUUUACCUUCACACAUGGGAAAUGGUGCCAGGAAUAUGCUUUCCAGGUGCAAGCCCUGACUUCUUUUGAAAAACUCCACAGCAAAGUUUCGGAACCCCUAGUGGUGGUUUGGCCAGGAUGUAAGGCCCCAGCACUGAAACGACUUGCCACCCACAGUAGUUCUUGUGUCAGGAUUGCAUGGGAUGAUCCUUACCUCACAGAAGGGGUCAAGGUCAAACAUUUUAGGGCUGUUUGUGUGGAACGUGACACAGAAAAGGAAGUUACGCCCUCUAUUGGACCAAUUCAUCCUAACACCAGGGAGGCAGAGUUCAAGAACCUUAAGCGAGGAUCCUACAGCAUCUUCCUGGAAGUACAUUUAUACAACACUGGUGAUGUGGUGUGUUCUGAGCCCCUACAUGUGGCCCCAGCCCCCGCCCCGGAUCCACCCCUGGUUACCGUGACAGUGGUCGGAUUGGAUGAACGCAGGGCUCUAGAGAGACUGACAUGUGAUCUAGUCAACAAGAGGGAUAGGUUAAUAAGAAAAGUAGGACAUAAACUAAAAGAAAUUGGUGCUUUAUCAAACCCAUUGAGAGCAGAGAAGAAUAGGGGAGUGAUUGAGGGGGCGCACACUUUAUCCAGGAUAGAGGAAAUUCUGGAGCACUGUUUCGGUGCCUUGGAACAUUACACUGGUCAGCUGAUUGCCCAUGUCAGCUGGUCCUGCCCCCAGAGGCAGAGUGAGACCACCGUGUCAGGAUUUAAAGUUCUGAUUGAUGGGAAACAGUACGGAAAUACCAUGCACGAAGGAGUCAAACAAGUUCGAAUAAAGCUUGGAACUGAGCAGCCAAUCUACAAACUGACAAUGGUGUCUGUGUCAGACAAACCACAGGCCUCCAGCCCAGAAUCCAAUGCGGUAGAUCUCCUGUCUGAGACCUUCAGACCAUUCUCCUUCUACUGCUACCACAGCAUCCAUAAUCAAAACGCAAAAUGGCCAAACCAGGGAUGCUGUAAGUAUCAGGACUCGGUGAUGUACGAGCGACAGUUAGCCAAAAAACUAGCCAAUCAAGGCCUCCUAAAACGCCGGGUCCCUCCCCCAGCCUGUAGCCUGCUGGACAUAUUCCAGGGAGACUACAAACCCUUCCUAGGGACACACAACAAACAGUUCCCAACAGCUGUACUCUUCUGGACACCAUGGUGUCAUGGAUCUCAGAAAGUAAUGUCACAUUAUGCACGUUUUGCCAGGGAAGGAGCUUCUGAGUAUAACUUUAUUGCUGUAUCUUGUGGAGUGGAAGCUAACCAUGCCUCAGACAGAAAAUCCUUGAUCCACUCCAUUACUUCCAAUGGCUGGAGAGAACAGGGGGUCAUCUGGCACUGUACAAGCCAGUGUGCCUCUCCUAUUGAGGAAGCUAGCAGUGUCUGGAAAAACAGCACUGCAGGAUCAGCUUCCAGGAAUGAUAUAGAGAAUGGCAAAAAGCAUGUGGAUUUGACAGAAAUUUUAGGAAUAGCUGGUGUGCCCACUUUCCUAUUUAUUCAUGCAGAUGGUUACAUUGCCUGGCAUGGACGGUACAGUGCCUAUGACUACGCAUCCUUUGCUGCCUUUAUGAGGCACACUUUCAGUGAGGUACAAGGAGUGGGGUGCCCUGUUUUCCAAUGUGACUCCUGUAGAAAUGAUAUGACCAUUGAUGACGAGUCUCUAGAGCCGGUGUUACAGCUGGUAAGGGAGAGUUCCACUUCAGCUCUGUCUGCCCCACGAUACCCAGAGGAACGACGUCCCCACUCCCCCAAACGAGCCGACUCCCCCACAGGUGACCCUCCCAUUGACCGAAUCUUCAUGAAAAAACGUCCUCGCAGUCCAAAACGACACAAGAAGAUUUCAGUCAACCAUCGUCCAUUUUCUGCCUCCAAUGUCAGCCAGGCACCUUCUCAUUAUGUCCAGUUAUUAAAAAGUCCAUAUAUGCAGAAGACAGUUCCUUCCCCAAAAGUUCUCAACAAGCUUUUACGUCCUCAGAGUGGAGGAGCCAGGCUUGGAUGAAGGGCGUGGUCCUCAGGUCUGAGUGGUGAUUGGCUGAGAAUGUGGUCCUCACAUCUGAGGAGAGUGAUAUCUCCAAGUUUUGAGGAACUGAAGUAAAAAAAUUGGUGCCAAGAAGAUUUGACUAAUUUAUGCUGUAAUCAGAAUUGACACUACACAAUGAUAGAUAUGUGAUAUGAUGUUUAAUUAAAAUUUAUUUUUUACAUUUUGUUAACUACCACAUGUCAAUGGGUGUGCAAGAGUAAUUUUGAAAUUAUAGUCUUUUUCGCAAUUUUUUUUUUUUUUCAAAUUUAUCAGAAUGUCGUUUUUCAUUUACAACAUUGAGAAUGACAUCCAUUUUUUAUAUAUAUUUAUUUUUUAUAUGUUUUCAUUGUAGGAAUUUUUAACAAAUUAUCUGUGAUAUUUAUGACGUUAGCAGGUUGAAAGCUAGUAUACAUUUGUUAGGGUGUGAAAAUCAAAAUAGAAUUUAGUUUAUACAUGUAGUAAUAAUGAUAUAGGGAAGAAAUUAAUCGGUGUAAUAUUGUUUGUAGCUUGAGGCAUGUUUGCUUAAAUCAAGUAAUCAGGAUGUUUCGCAACAAAAAAGAGCUUUUUUCCCAAAGAUUUUGUGUUUUCUUAAUGCUAAAUUAGGUACUUCUUAACAUAUCAAUAACUAUAUACUUUGUUAUAGAUUAAUUCAAACUUUUCCGUCCCUGCAUGUUAAUUUUUAAAGAUAUAUAUUCUUGCCUGUGAUAAAGUAUUAUUUUUUCCUGUUGAUUUUGGAUUUCACCUUAUAUUGAUGCUUAAACACAAGAACAGUGUCUUAAGCUUAAAAAAUGUGAUAUUAACUUUCUUGGCAGUUGUUUGAAAUCUUUAAGAGUCGGAGAAAUAGCUACAUGUACUUGUUUUUGAUGUGAGAGCUACAUCCAAUGUAACCAUUCUAUUUGUUGUGUGAUAUUUUACAAAUUCAUACUAGGUAAUAAAUUCUAAACUUA